AUGAUGAUAAACAAUACUAUGAAAGAGACAAGUAGUAAUUAGAAGUCUUCAAGCAGUAAUAACUUCUAAACUAAUUCAAUGCAAAAUCUGCUAAAGUCUCACAGUGGUAAUCGAAGUAAGAUCUUGCUUUACCAAAAAGGCAAUAUGGGCUCGUUUAGAUAGCAUCAGGAGUCUUCAGCUGUUAGUUCAGUUUCUAAUACAGCUUAUGGCACUUUGUAUCACGAUUAGUUCAAUAAUAGGCUUCAGUCUCAGUAUUUUAAUCACUAAAAUCAUUAGAAUAAAGACUAGAGUGCUUAUUAAAAUGGCAAUGCUAAUCUUCGAACUCCUUAAAAGCAAGGCUAAAGAAGCAAGAAUCAGCUUGGCAACUACAAAAGAAUAUAAGAAUUAGCUAAAGAAAAGCUGAAUUCCUCGAACGAUUAACAAUAAAAUAGCCACUAUAAUGGCUUAAGAGGAGAUUCUGAACUACAAUAAAGGAAAUCAUACAAAAUUCUAAAUAAGCCAACUACUGCCUAGAUAGGGAUUAGGAAACUAGAGCAUGGAAUGAGUGAUUUUCAAGUUGGCGAGAAGGUAAUUCAAAACACUUAGUAUGCUAGCAACAAUAAUGUAAACAGAUAGAGUCUACAAAGGCUAAAUGAUAUUAAAGAAGAAGCAACUAAUGCAAGGCCCAAGACUAUGGGAGGCAGAUUGGCUGGGCUUCCAUCCAGGCAGAAUUAUCAAUCAUCUUAAGAUAACAAAACAACUAUGGCUUCUGAUGGAUUUAUAGAUCCAAGACUAGACAUAAGGCAAAAGAAAUAAAGGAUUCAAAGUACUUUCUACGAAACUCUCAGACAAGGACAGCAAAUGAAUGUAAACAGUAUUAAUAAGCUAGAUCAAUCAGCUAUAACCUUUUCAAGUAAAAAGAAAUCUAACAACUUGAAUCCAGACCUGCAAAAUACUCUCAGCUAAUUUCACCAAGGAUAAAAUGCUAACAACACUAUGCAAAGCGACCUGAAUACAUAUAAUAUUCAGCUUAAUUAAGCCAGAAUGGCAUCUGGCUUGUCAUUGAAAUAAAAUAACUUGAAGUAUCAUUUAAUGAGAUAACUACUACAAAAGAAAAAUUUAGAUGAAAUAACCUAGCUUCAAUUGAAGAUGGCGGAAUAGUAUUAGAUAACUUAGGAAGAAAGUCCAAGUAAGCCCAUUCAAUUGCCAGGCAUGAAAAGAGAUGUAUCUCCUAUCUCUAAAGGAAGACAUAAGAGCAUUAGCUCUAGUUCUUCUUCUUCCUCUCAAUCAGAGGAUGUGGAACCCUUUGUAGAUUAGUCUUAAUCUAGCCAUGUGACUCCAGCAUUGAUCACAUAGCAAACCAACAAUUAGCCUUUAUCUCAGACACCUUUGCCCUAGAAUUAAAUUAACUCUCACUAUCAUCAUGGCUCUUAAGUUAUUAGCAAUGGGUAGCUUUUAAAUUAGCUUCCAACUCAUUCUCAUAGUGCUUUGGGAUAAAUAGGUAUUCAUGGAAAUGAUUCCUCUACUGGAAAUAUGGUUCUGAAUAGUUCCUUCAACAUCAAUAUAAUUAAGAAUAACUUAUCUAAAAAGACCAGCAUGAUAUCGCAUUAUGAUAGGACAAGUACUUAAUUGAGAGGGAUCAAUGAUUAGAGUAUAAUGUAAUAAUAUCCUGACAAAUCCCCUCAAUAAUAGGAUUUAUUAAGCAAGAAAAAAAGGACAAAGAGUGAAUUCAUGAAGUAGGCCCAAGCUAAUGAUCUUUCUUUGAAUGUCAGAUAGUAUAACUACUGUGGUGUGCCUGAUUUCUAUCUCAUUGAUCAAAAGAAUAUUCCUGUACAUUAAAGGAAAAAAAGACUUGAAACCUCAAAAAAAAUAUAAAUUAACAAAGGAUGUGGAGUAUUUAAUCAUAGAAACAGAAAAGCUGAUGCACUGAUAGGCAUUGCACAUCCCAAUAAAACUUAACUCAAUCAAUUUUCAAAUCAGUCCUUUGAAGAUGUGAGAAUGAACGAAUAUGAAUACCUAAGUGCAUCUAAUAAUUCAUAACUUGAUAACUAUCACAGACCUUAAUAUAAUUUUGGACUUCAUAAAUCUUUUGAAAAUAGAUACAAAAAUCAAAUUUAGAUGAUGACAGAGAAUUAAAGUGAAGAUCCUAAUUUUGGAUAUGGCUCACUUGAGAACAAAAAGGCUUAAUUAAACGUAGAAUUCAACCAUAAAAUGCAAGAGGAAAUGAAUGUUGAAAGACUCAUGUUAAAGGAUGAGUAAGAGAGAGUUGUCCUAAAAUAAAAGAAGACUGAGUUAAUUAAGGAGGAAAUCAGAAAAUCUAAGAUGGAUUGUCUUCCAAAUAAACUGUAAAAGACUUAUGAUAAACUGUAGAAUAUGUAUCCUUAGUUCGGCUAUGAUACUGCAGAUCCACAACAAAUGCAAUUUAUAGAAGAAGAUCAGAAGAUCUACAAAAUUUUAAAGGAAGAGGCUUGGCAAAGAUAAGUUGAAUUUCGUAAUCUCUAAUAUGCUGAGCCUAUUGGUAAGAAGAAUUAUAGAUUUGGUUUGUACAGUGCCAGCACAUCGACCCAUAAAUUUAAAAAGGGGAGAAUGCUUAAUGAUUUUCUUGGAACCAAGCAGUCUAGGCCAAAUACUAACUAGAUCAAUGAUAGAAGAGGAGAAAUGACACAUUUUUAAAAUGAGCCCAUGUUUAUUAAGUAGCUGAGGUCUCCGAAUGAUUAAGAUUAAAAGUAAUAGAAUCCAGAAGAUAUAUUCGAGCUGUGGGGUACUAUUAAUGCUAAUUUUUCUCAUAUUUUGAACCCUUAAAAAUUUGGAGAUUUCUUAACUGUCAACAAAAAGGAGGAAUUAUUGGUUAAAACAAUGAUAUUUGAAAGGUAUCCUGUCCUAAGAGAGAAUAAUGUUUCGAUUAAGGUAGCUAAGUUAAUUCCUCCUAUAAGUAAGGCAAAACAACUUAUGAUCAGUCAAACAGAAAGCGAAGAAGAUUAGGAUCUCUUAAUUCCUGAAUUUAAUGCAUUGCUUUAUGGAAGUAACUGUCCACUGUCCAAGUGUUGUAAACUAUCUCUCUGCAUUAAUCUGAACUUGGAAUGUGGAACUUCAAAAAUAAUGUGUAUGGAGAGACUAUGUCAGUUUAAUCCUCAAUAGCAAUUCUUGAUUCCUUCAGAGAUCUUAGUUUAGUUUUAUGACGAGAAGUUAAUAGACAAAAAUGUAGAGAUAUAGAUGAGAAGAGAUUUGGUUGUCUCAGGAAAAUCAAAUAAGAAGGAUGAGUUGAUAAAAUAAAAAGAAAUGAUAACUUAGGAAUUAAAAAGAAAUGUAGUUGCUGGUUCAUUCAAAUUUAAAUCACUGAGAAAUGUAGUAUCUCGAGGCGGCAGACCCUCUGCUUCUAGGCCAAAGCCUAAUCCGAAUAAACCUGACUUCCUUGAUGAUUAGACCACCGAAAAUGAUUACGAGCUUAUUGAUCUUUAGAGUGACAUAAAUCAAGAUAGUCUUACAAUUGAUAGAGACGAUGUUCAUCAUUAAAAAAUAAAGAAAAAUAAGACUUAAGCAGUUGCUAGGAAUAACCAAACUGGUGGUACAGAGGAAUAGUAUGAAGAUAGUAUGUUUAGAGGUGAGGAAAAAAAUGCUUAAGUUUUAAGCCCUGGAGAUGAUGAGGAUGGUGAGAUUGAAUAUAUCGAUGUAAGCUAUCCCAUCAUGCAUUCAAAUGAGGAUGUCUGA